AUUUCUUCGGGAGAGACGAAUCAAGACGUUCGAACAACAUGGACGCGUACAAGUUUAAAAAAAGUACGAUCGCCGAGGUUUUUUAAUCGAUGCACGGGAAAUCAGGCUCUUCUUUGGUGAUUGAAUUUGAAGACGUAGAUGGCUUUUUCAUGGUGUUUGAUAUUGAUCAGAUCAGUAAGGGAUAUGUAGCAAGCUUUUGGUAGUAAAGUUAUGGACAUCUGGAAAUAGCGUAUGAGUGUGGAGUGGAACAUUCCGCAAAGACGUGCAUACUGUUCCGUCUUUCCGAUGUUCUAUUUCUACGAAAUUUCUUGAAUUGCAGAGUCUUCUAGUAACGGUUGCAACCGUGGACUUACACGAUGUCGUCGACACCUUUACAAAUAGUAAAGUGGUCCUUUCCAACCCUAGCCAUAAUUCUUGGACUUUUUUGGUACAAACGUCGACGCGCGGACCGAGUUGAUCCCGGUGGGAUAUUCAAACCAGCAAGCGACAAAAACUCAAAUAACAUCAAAGCAACAAAAAGGAGCACAAGUCUCUGUGAUUCUGGUGUUCAUAUAGACACUUCAUUCAAUCUCAGUACAUCUUGUCCCUCUGUAGUCGAUGAAAUUAGCAGUCCACGAAGAGUCAGUAGCAGCUUAGACAUUCCCGGUAGAAAACCUCCAGUGUCUCAGCCUAUUUCGAUGAAAUCUGUCAAGUCUAUUGAGGAGAAAAUACCCUGGUACGAGGACGAAGAAGAUCUUCCUGAACCGCCCAAAAUAAAAUUGGGAAGCAAUCCCAGAUCUGGCUGUUUCGAAAUAAUGCCAAAAAAAAAGUCUAGUCCUUUCUUUGAAAAUUCAAAAAUUGAGAGCGACUCAAAAUUGCCGAAAAUCCGUGACAAUAUUAUCGAGGAGGAUCAGGUGCAUGAGAUACACUCCACUGGAGUAAAGGAAGCUGCUCCUGUUAAAGAAAUUAAUGUUUCUAACGGGAGCGUAAUUGAAACCUGCUCAAAGUCUGGCAGUGGUCUAGCCACUAAUGAAGUUAAGACCCAGGCACUUUCUGAAAGAGAUUCAGCUAAUCAUAGUCCAGUCUCUGGUGUUUUGGAUGGAAGCCUAACUGAUGAGGCUAGAAGCGAAGGAAGUACAGAUAGUGGAAAAGGUGGAAGUAUAAAAGGCCAUAUAAGCAGCAACGCCCGCACUUCUUACGAGUUCGCUGUACCUCUAAGUUUGGUCGGAAAGCUUAUUGGCCAGAAAGGAAGCUUCCUGCAAAGUAUACGAGUCAAAGCUGACGUCAAGAUCACCGUUAAGCGUUUUCCAAAUAUGAAAGAUCAUAAACUGUGUGCCAUAGAAGGUUCCCAAGAGGGAAUUAAUGUAGCAUUAAACCUGAUAAGACAGAAAUUCCCAGAGAAGAGACAUCCCCAUUUCACUCUGGAGGAGACGUCACUCCCGAAAAGUCCCCAGGAAACUCCCUGGAUUUCAGAGUUGAUGCAUCUGUCGCUAGUCGAAGGUGUAAACAACGAUGUGUUGGUGUGCUACAUAGUCAAACCGAAUCGCUUUUUUAUUCAUCUCCCCACACAUCCAACAUAUCCAUCGCUUAGGAUCUUAGAUGAGAAUAUUACUCAGUUGUACGAUUCUACUGAGUCGCCUCCAGUUCCUGAGGAACUUAGCAGAGGUAUGAUUUUUGUAGCAAAAUUGUACAACAGGUGGGUGAGAGUUUAUGUAGAGGAUCCAGAUCCAAAAGGAGAGCACCAUUUAGUUCGUCUGGUAGAUCACGGUGGUUACUGGAGAUUCAGCAGUGCUGAUAUGAGGAAAAUUAGAUCAGAUUAUCUCACCCUACCUUUUCAAGCCAUUGAAGUAUUUCUAGCAAAUAUUCGACCAAUCAACGGAGAGUGGCAACAGGAGGCGUAUGACUUGGUAGCUCAAAUUUGUUGCGGAGUAGUCGCCCAAGCACAAAUUGAAGGAUAUAUCGACUCCUAUACAUAUAUAAACCUAUAUCUUAAUAUUCAUAAACACGGGGUCAUAUCUUUAUCAGACGAAUUAAUUGCUCGAGGAUACGCGGAACCUGCAAGGUUAGAAGAGGUAUUACCGGAUGUAGAAUUGCCACCUUUAUAAGCAGGCUAUUGCAUAUUAUGAUUAUUAAUCCCUCAUCUGGAUAUAAUCUAAAAGUGGUUGAAUGAGUCCGAUUGUGUGGCUGUUUGAAUUCUUGGCUAUGUGAAAAUGUUUCGCGUGUGUCUGUGAGUAAUCCAUAAGAUCUUCGAAGGUAUAUGAUUGAUUGUCCUUAUCCAAUGACUUCUCUAUCGAUGCUCCAUUCACUUGUCGCUGCCAGUCAAAAGUCUGAUUUUCUAAUAAACUUCUUAACACCUUUGUACUUCCGUACAAUCGUUUUGAUAUUACUCAGUUCACCUAAAAGUCAGAAACUGCAAAAAAAAAAACAAGAUAGACUAAUGUGCAGAUAUGUUAACGGUCGGCAUGAUAGCCAGUGUAAAUAGAUAUGUUACAUAUUCUGCAACAUUUUUACUCUUAAGUGCACGUUAAAAUAAUUUUUAACGUUCGCCGUCAUAAAAUUCGUCAUGUUAUCAAGUAUGAGAGCUCUAGUUGCAUUAUUCAUCAACAUUAUUUCUACUUUUCAUUCUUAGAAAAACCUCCAGUCUGUAUUUUUCGUGUACUUAUGUUUAUUAAUGCUGUGCGUAUCAAAAGUGGCCAAUUUUUACCGAUUGCUUUUUUAAUUGAAAAUGCAUUUUCUGAAAUAUACUCGUAUACUGCUGAACGUUGUCAAAUGAUCGGAAAUGAAAAUAAGGUACAUGCCGAGGGUUUGAGAUUAAAACUGGCAGGUUCAGAUGAGAGCUCUUCCUGUAAAUAAUAUAAUAACUCUAUGCCUUCGUUUAUGAUAGUGUAUUUAUAACGAUGUACCUAAAAUAAUUGUUAUACCCUGCAGAUGCUAGUUAAUUCUUAACGUUAAUAGUGAAACGUAACAUUUGUUUAUUUAUACGUUUUACACUUUUCGGGUUAGAGGAAUGCUUCAUGAAGACGCGCACGAAUCGGGAAAUUCGCGUCGAAUAUCUGUUCUAUUGCAUCAUAUAAUUUGGGAACCUUAGCUUGUAAUAGUCGUAACGAUAAUCUGAAACAUUCUUUCUGGGAACCUUGAUUUCGUGGCCAAGGAGCUGGGGAUCGACGUUUAAAUAUGAAUGCUAUGACAUACAUAAUAUGCUCCUAACGAAAAACAAUCUUUAGUUUAAUUAUCAACAAUAAUUCAGCGGAAACUUGAACGUUUUUCGCACUGUGAAGAUAAUUUUCCAAUACGCGCAUCAUGAUGCUAUUCAAAUCCAGUGAUUUAAUUUUGUUAGAAUGUUUGUUUACUUUUCACUGAUAUUUUUUUCAGUUAUAAUAACCUCGUAGAUACAAAUACUAUAUUAUGAUCUAUAAAUAUAUAGACUGGUAACAGUGGGUGGAGUUUUGUAUUUUGUUCUUUGAGAGCUAGAUUAUUAAACAAAAAUCCGUUAUUGAUAAAUUGUUGAGGCUCGUGACUCGUUCGCGUGAUUGUGUUUAUUUGAUUGUGCGCAUAGAGCGUGUGUUAUACGAGUAGCUACUGAUACAUAAAACUGAAAAACGAAAAAAAAUACGAAUGCAUUUAUAAAUUUUGUACAUUUGGCGCGAAAGCUUCUCGGGUAAUAAGAUGCUGAAACAUAGUAAAGAUAUUUUUCUAGAAAGAUUCUCAUAAUAAGCUCUUGAUGACGAGAAGUUACAAAAUUAAUUUAUGUUUCAGUUUUUAUUGUAUGAAAGACGGUUUUGUUAAGAAAAAUACACUACAUACACGUAAGAUUUCUUCUGAGAAAGUGCACAAGUUUGUAACACUUGGCGCGAAAUUGAUAAAUUGUUGGUAAAUUUUACACGUUUCGUAACUGUAUACAUAUAACAUGUCGACUAUAAUCCCCAGCUAUUUAGCGUGGUUUUUCAUAUGAGAAUGUAUAAGGAGGGAAUUUUGUAUGUAUAUACUUUUUUGGCGUUUUCAUUAAAUUUACACAAUUUUAAUUGAA